UUUUGGUCAGCACUGAAUUUGUGGUGCAUUUUCAUACGCGUGUCUCCGAUUUUGCUUUUGUUGACAAGGAUUAGACAAAAAGUGUGACGGUUCAUAACUUCGAAUAGGCUGUUUAUUUGGGAAACCAGACAUUCAAGUCACUAUGCCAGAUGCUUCUGUCUCUUCUCUAGUAUAUAAACUUGCAACUCUACAGAAGAAGAAGAACCAAGGGGACUCUGACCAGAACUACACUGCUAUUUCAGAAGGCAGGUUACCUAGGGAGCCUUCUCCCGCGUUGCUUGAAUCUAGUCCUUAUCCUAACAAGAAUAACCCAAAAUCAGAUUCAAGUUGCACACUUGCAUACAACUCAGAGAGAAAAAGACAAGCAACCCUUGUGGACGUAGAAACACCUUCCAAUAUUCUUGAAGAAGCAAAUACAGUUAUGGUCAAUGGACCUCCCAACUAUGGAACCUCUUGGUUUAUAAAUAUUUGUGAAUCUUGCGGUGCAGCUCACGACGGUCUUUAUGGCAGUGGUAGGUUCUGUAGUAAACACUGUGCAAAGGGAGUGGGUGCAAGAUGUAAAUGGAAUAUGGUGAAAGCAAAUAAUACUCAUUCAAAGGAAGAAUAUCAAUAUUGGAGCUUGCCCAAUACAGAAAGAAAAGCUAGUGACUUGAGGAAAACAUCGGAAGAUUCUAAAAUAGUGAAGAGUAGUGAUCCGUUGCGUAGGUUGUGUCUUUUAGCAGAGAAUGAAAAGAAAUUGUUAGCUACGGAAGACGACUCACAGCCUGAAGUAAAGACGAAGCUCAAAAAAAGACUUUACAAGUAUCAACUUUGGUUAUUGGAGCAACAAAGAAACUGCUAUUUUGUGGAUCACUUGCAACGAGGAACAGACAGUGAUUCAGUUGUAAUAGAUGAAUCUCAAAUGCUUGAAAAGGAUGCUUCUGGUGGUAACUUGUGUCAUUCAAAAGUCCCUGAGUGGAAUGAAAUUCCUUUAACCACUAGUUUUUCCCCCACAAGUUCCUAUGAAGAGCCAACGAUGAGAAUGGUACAAGAACAUGGCGACUUUUCCGUGCAGAUUCUUUUAAAUAAUCCAACAGAGUCAUUUGAAAGCAGUUCUUCUAUUAGUUUACAUGGUGGACAAUGGAGACUGCCUCCUUUUACAACAUUGGAAAAAGCAGCUGAACAAGGUGACCGAGAAUUUGCUUCAAGAAAGUGGUAUCGUCGUUGAGUAAAUGAAGAAUAUCAUUCAAAG